AUGUCGCGGGGCAGCUUCGUCUUCACUCCCACGGCCCUGCGCUCGCUGGAACUGGACCAGGACCUGCUGGAGAGACACAAGUACAAGCAGCGGCUGAACUCCCGCCACCUGAGCGGCUACAUGCUCCGACGAGAGGCCGAGAGCAGGACGCCGGCCAGGUCCUGCGCCGCUCUGCCGCCGGCCGUUUGCCACGACGCCGUCAUUCAAAAUGCCUUGUACACCGGAGACGUGGAGGCCCUUCAGAGGAUCUUUCCACGAGGAUCCAGAGCCAACCUCAUCAUUGAGCCGCUGGGAGGGGACAUGCGCUGGGUCGCUGCAGGGGGAGGGCUGUGGUCGCUGACCUUCGAGCAGGAGCUGACCACGCCGCUGCACAUCACGGCCGGACGAGGCUUCGCCGACUGCCUCCAGCUGCUCCUGCAGCGCGGCGCCGACGUGGACCUGGCGCCUGACGGCAUCACCGCCCUGCACGAGGCCUGCGAGAACUGCGAGCCCGAGUGCAGCAAGCUGCUGCUGGUGCACGGCGCCAACGCCAACGCCGUGGCCGAGGACGGGCGCAUGCCUCUGCACAUGUGCUCCAGACCCGAGUCCCUGGGAUGCGCCAAGUAUCUCCUUCAGUACGGUGCCGCAAUCAACGGGCGCACGCUGGAGGAGGACGACACGCCGCUGCACGUGGCAGCCAGGCACGGCCUGCUGGAGCACGUGCAGCUCUACCUGCGCUACGGAGCCGCCGUGGACAAGAAGAACGACGAGGGCCAGACGCCGCUGAGCGCCGCCUGCUCGCAGCCGCAGGAGGCGCAGGACCUGCGGCGCUACUUCAGUGUUUGCCAGGCGCUGCUGGAGGCGGGAGCCGACCUGCACGCGGUGGACCAGGACAGGCACACGCCGCUGCACAUGGCCUGCAAGAACGUCAACGCAGACGUGGUGGACCUGCUGCUGGAGAAGGGGGCCUGCGUCAACAACAUGGACUACGGCGGCGAAGCGCCCAUGCACAACGUGCUGAAGGUGGUGUGCUUCAAGGUCUCGCAGCAGCCAGAGAGGAUCGUCCAGGCGCUGCUGAACCACGGCUCCAUCCGGGUCUGGCCCGGCGCCCUGCCACUGGUCCUCAAGCACUGCGCCGAGUCACCGCGCACCAUCGAAGUCCUGCUCAACGCCUACAGCCACCUGAAGGUCAACGACAAGUGGGUGGAGUCCGUGGCGCCCGAGGUGCUGAAGGAACACCAGGCCUUCUACCAGUCCGUCUUCGCCCUGGCCAUGACGCCUCGCUCCCUGCAGCACUUGGCCCGCUGCAGACUGCGAACCUUCCUGGAGGGACGGGUCCACCGAGUGGUGCCGCAGCUGCCUCUGCCCACCUUCAUCCAGAACUACCUGCUGCUGGAGCCGCGGGGAUACGUCCACUAGACUAGACAGGCACGCGUGCUGCCGCUGUGUUGGUGACCUCCUCGCGCUGGGACGUUUCUAGAACUGUGGCUCGAUUUCCGCCACAAGAGGGCGCGAGAGACCUGCAUGGGUUUAGACGGCGCCAUCGAAUGAAGAUAUGGGCUGUAUUUUUCUUUCUUUUCAGGUGAUGUUGCUUUGUUUUUACAAGCUUCAGUGGGAACUUUGAAUGAAAGACUUCUGACUAUUGCAGAGGCGCAGUAAAGGCUGACGCGUCAGAGCUGGUCGGCUUUCAUCUGCAGCGGGUGGAUUCACUCCGCUCCAUGAAAACGGCUCAGAACUCAGAGAGCGUCCGGUGAUGCUGUUCAUGUGCCAUGAAACGGAACCGUGACGUCAGGACGGGCCAACAUGAAGGCAUCACACUUGGGGCGCUGGUCUGGGUUCAUUAUAGUGGGGAGUGACACCCAAGUGACGGCAGAGAAGCGGGCCCCGCCGGAGUCACAGCCAAUUAUCAGCAUUAGCCGGACCGCUCCUUCAUUGUAAUCAGCGUCUGCUGCGACGUGUUUAUGUCCUCGUGUAAUCAGAGGAGCUGCUGCAGAGACCCCGACUCAAUAGGCCUAAUCACCACCACCACCAUCAUCAUCAUCAUCUGAGCGCUGUAAAGAGCCCAGCGAGCUGCACCACAUUUGAU